CAACAAGGGCGGGCCAAUCACGUGGUAUAAUUGCAGGCGUGGCUGGGGCAUGAAUAUCAGUAUCAUUUGCAAGAGAAAGGAGAAAAGACUUUAAUGAGAUCACCAGACUAAUCCGUUGUUUCAGUGCAACCAUUAAUUCUCACAUUAUUGGGUGGAGGCUCAGUCCAAUCAGCUCACACACAACUUGCUUGCUAUCACUUUGCUAAGAUGUUUGAAAAGAGGGUACCUGUUAUGCUGGUAUCUUUAGCCCUUCUCUCUCUUAUUUCUGUCUCUCCAGUUGUUACUGGUCUUUCCUCCUCCACCUCUUCACAUUCAAGAAGACCCAUUAGUAACUCCACGGCUACUAUGAUCUCCACUUCAGUUUUAAUAUCUCCUUCUAUAUUGCCUUCUCUCUCUCCAAGCUUAUCUGAAUCAUCCGAGAUGCCUUCUCCCAGCCCAAGUGUCGUUGUUUCAUCUGACUAUUCCUCAAUAUUAAUUAUUUCCAGUUCAGAUUUUAUGUCUUCAACGGUAACUUCCUCAUCAACCUCCUCCUCCUCCUCCUCUUCAUCAACCAGUACUAGCAGUACGUCAACCAGUACUAGUACUACACCAACCCCGACUCCCUCUCACACUCCCCAUCCCCCAGAGAAGGAGAUACUCGUGAUAGAGGACAACUGUUUCUUCUUUGAAGCUACAGAAAUAAUAUUUACUUAUUAUGAUAAGAGAUUCUCUAAUACUACCACCUCUCAUUUAUCCACGCUAUAUCCUGACCCAAUUGAUGCCGUCAUUGGUUGUACAAAAGACUCUAGACUGCACAGUUUUAAAAGAUCUUAUUUUAACGCUACAAGUGGUUCAAGCGUAUUAAAUUUAACAUUUGAAUUUGCUCUCAAUUACGUUGAGGAUUCAUGGUAUUUGUCCAGUCUGCAGGUAGUAAACCUCACUGAUGGCGGGCGUAUAUUUGAUUAUGGUACAUGUGGGGAUGCUAUCAAUGUGCCGGAGGAAUUGAGCUACUUUUGUAGUCAGGUCAAUUGUCAUGGUCAUGAGCAGGUUGAUGAUUCCAUUAGUGUCAGUCUUGAUAUAACAAACCUUCGAGUUGAUGCUUUUGUAAAGUCUGGUCGUGAUGCCUCAUCUGUGGUAUCUAUGUGUGGCGUCUCUAGCUCCAGUAAUAAUAAAGCUGUGAUUAUAGUGGCUCUGGUAGUAGCAAUUACUCUAGUACUGAGUGUUAUAAUAAUAAUUGUAUCUUUUAUUUAUAAACGCUACAGGUACGGUAAAUAUAAUUUGCUUGAUUAGAAUAAAAAUUUUAUUAUCGCCUUUGUGAUUUAUUUUAUUAUGUGUUCCAUAUUAUUACAAUUAAACUAUUAUUUUUGUGUAAGUUUGAAUUGAUGAUGAUACAUGACAUAAAUGAAGUUGAGAUUGGAUACACAACACGACAUGUGCAACGUACAACAAUAAA